GUAUCGCAGAUCUCAGACGGGCAGAUACAAGCACCUACUGGCUCUCCUGUCUCCCAGAUCUCGGACGGACAGAUUCAGGCACCUACUGGGUCACCUGUAUCGCAGAUCUCAGACGGGCAGAUUCAGGCACCUACUGGGUCGCCUGUGUCGCAGAUCUCGGAUGGACAAAUUCAGGCUCCUACUGGGUCUCCUGUCUCCCAGAUUUCGGACGGACAGAUCCAAGCACCGACUGGUGCACCAGUAUCCCAGAUUUCAGACGGACAGAUCCAAGCUCCAACCGGAAAGCCUAUAUCACAGAUCUCGGACGGACAGAUCCAGGCUCCAACCGGGAAGCCUGUAUCGCAGAUUUCCGAUGGUCAGAUUCAAGCACCUACUGGUUCACCGGUAUCGCAGAUUUCAGACGGGCAGAUUCAGGCG